UCCCUUUCAAGUUCUAUUAUUUUUUUAGAGGACAGGGCAAUAUGAAUGUUCUAUUAUGUUCCAUCAACACAUUAAAAAGAUUAUACGAUAUAUCUGCUGUGGAGGUAGGUCAACAUUUUUACUGGCAAAUAGGGAGUUUCCAAGUACACGCCCAAGUACUUAUUACCUCUUGGGUUGUAAUUGCUAUCUUAUUAGUUUCAGCCAUUCUAGUUGUUCGAAAUCCACAAACCAUUCCCACUUUCGGUCAGAAUUUCUUUGAAUAUGUCCUUGAAUUCAUUCGAGAUGUGAGCAAAACUCAGAUUGGCGAAGAAUAUGGUCCGUGGGUUCCGUUUAUUGGAACUAUGUUUCUAUUUAUUUUUGUUUCUAAUUGGUCAGGGGCUCUUUUGCCUUGGAAAAUCAUACAAUUACCUAAUGGGGAGUUAGCUGCACCCACAAAUGAUAUAAAUACUACCGUUGCAUUAGCUUUACUUACGUCAAUAGCAUAUUUCUAUGCGGGUCUUUCAAAAAAAGGAUUAGCUUAUUUUGGUAAAUACAUCCAACCAACUCCAAUCCUUUUACCCAUUAACGUCUUAGAAGAUUUCACAAAACCCUUAUCGCUUAGUUUUCGACUUUUCGGAAAUAUAUUAGCUGAUGAAUUAGUAGUUGUUGUUUUGGUUUCUUUAGUACCUUUAGUAGUUCCUAUACCUGUCAUGUUCCUCGGAUUAUUUACAAGUGGUAUUCAAGCUCUUAUUUUUGCUACUUUAACUGCGGCUUAUAUAGGCGAAUCCAUGGAAGGCCACCAUUGACUCGUUUUUGAAAUAGUCUUUUUUUAGUUUAGCCAGCCGCAAUGUAUAUGCGGCUCAAGAUAAUAUACUUUAGGGAACAAAAAUAUAAAAAAUAGAAAUAAAUUUAGAAAAUUGUUAAUAAUAAAGGGAUCC